CAAAUAUGGGGCCUCCUUCCCACGCAGUGUGGAGUUGUCAGCCAUAUAUUUCCUCGGCUUGGCACGCAGGACACGGAGGAGCUGCUGAAGUAGAAGUGCCAUGGAGCAGACGGAGCCACUAGAGGGGCGUUAUUUUGUGGGGAAGAAAGACGACUUGAUUCAAGCAAAGCGCACUUUCAAAACACUAGAUGAUCGGGAUGUACUGAUCAUCUACCAUCAAGGAUGCUUCUAUGCUCUGGACUAUUACUGCUAUCAUGCUGGUGGAAAGCUGGAAACUGGAGAUAUUGAGGAAUUAGGUGGCACGCUGUGCAUAAUUUGUCCCAAACACAAGUACAAGAUUUCCCUCGCCAAAGGGGAAGGUUUAUCCAAGACCAUAGACAAGACCAAAAACCCACCAAUGCCCAAAUGGUUCUCAAAAGGAGUAAAGCAGCGGGUCCACACAGUGACGGAAACCAAUGGGGACGUCUAUGUGGAGCUCUCUACGAUGCCUGGAUGGGUUGAGUCAGACUACUUCCAAGGACAGGAGGGCAAAGAGAAAAGGGCCAAAGCUGAGGCUGAGGCUGAUUCCUAUGAGGGGACGGACUCUUCCUAAUGGAUGAGGAAACAUUACAUCACAUCACCUAUGCAUGGGGCCCAGUUAACCAAUAAGUAGCCUGAUAAUUGACACAAAAAAUGGACAAAAAACACAAUUACGUAAAUUGUUUUCACCGUCGCGUGACUAAAAUUGUAAUAAAAGAGUCAGUCUUU